AUGCAUCAUCUCUUGUCUGGCGUUGGUGGUUCCUGUGAGUCGACUGAGAGAGUCAACAGUGUGGCGAGACGGGAUAGCAGUAUUUCUCUUGAGGAGAGUGCCUAUACGCGGGACAAUCCUGAGCCUACAAGGACUCCCCUCGUUCCUCUUGAGGGUCAAAAGGUCGAAGACUGCCAUGAUCCAGACACAGAACAUGGAUGUACCCUUCCGAUGCCCAGUCCCUCCUCGUCACCGUCCGUCGGGACACCAAUAGAUGUCUAUCUUCGGUGCGGCGAAAGUCUCGAAGCUAGGUUGACAAGGCUCGAUGCAAUCCUGUCUCAAGGUAGACAGACAUCUGAACCUGAGAACAUAUCUCUGUCACCAGAAGCCUCGAGCUGGGAUGUCGUCAACACCCCGCAAACACUUGAACCAAAGGUGCCAAGCACUCCUGUGCUUCAGCCUACACAGCUCCCCAAGGCGACAGAUCUUCAACCCAAAACGACGGACCCAGACGUCGAAGUGGAAGACAAGAUAUCCGUCGACCCAAAGACUAUGUCUGACCUUCUUCUGUCGGAUGCCUCGCAGAUGGCCAGUGACAACACAGAGUACAAAGAAGCUUUGAUCGAGUAUCGAAACUCUGCCAAGCGAUCCGGGCGUAAGGAAAAGGCUCGCGUUCACAAGGGCCCCAAGCAGCGAAACCUCAAGAACAGGAUAACCAAGAGCAAGAGUGUAUGA